AUGUCCGGGGCUCCUGACGAUGGGCAGUACGUGCCCGCCAUGAAGCUGAUGUGGGAUGAGGUGGACAGACGUUUUGACCCCAAGUAUGUCCUUGGAGAAGCCGGCCACCAGUUUUGCCAAAGCUAUUCUGUCAGAGCUGCGCAUCCUGAAUUUCCUUACGCUUUGCAUUGUCUUUCUUUGAUGUGUGCUUUGGCGAAUGGCGCGCGGGUCGCCAUCUUUGCCACAGCACCGUCGCCUCUGACUUUGGUAGCGGUCAAUGUCAACUAUGCCCAGACCAGAAAGUCUUCCAUGACUGGACACGCAGAGGCUUUGGGGCAAGAGUUGGACACAGUCAUCUUGGAGAAUGCGAUGUCCAAGCUGCAGCAGGAAAGCUUUGAGGAGGGAGCGGCUCAAGUCCUGAGGUAUUUGAAGCCAAGAAUCGCUUCUGCGACUGUUGCCAGCGCCACACCGGAAGAAUGGUUUCACCGUUGCUCUGCUGACUGGAACCAAGUCCGCAACGCAGACAAGCUGCCAGGAGAUUGGUCUGGGCGUUGCUGGUACGGCUUGCUAGGCAACUUUGAUGAAGCCUACGACUUCUUGCUGAGCCUUGGCCUGUUGUCCGACUCAAAUGCAACAACGAGAGAGAAAUCAAAAAGCAAAGUCAACCCGUACCAGAGCGCGUUCAACAAGCUCUUGCAAUUUGGGUCUAGUGCUCGUGCCACCAAGACGGCAGGGAGCUACGGUGAGAACCCUGGUAAAACCAUAAGCUUGGGCAUCACUUGCAACAUGCACCCGGCCUUCUACAUCCCAAUGGAGCGGGGCGAGCUUGGAAGCCACGCAGCCUCCACCAAGGAAAGGUUCCUCAUCUCCACUGGCCGCCCUGUUCAACCACAUGAGGACAUCCCCGCAGACUUUUGCUUGCCGGAAGGAGUCUCGCCAUACAGGUGGGUCCCCCUCACUCCUGAGAUUGCAGACCUCAUUGGGGUUGCUAAAGAAGCAACAUCGCCAGACGCAGCUGCCCAAGAAUGGGCAGAAGCUAGGCUUGAAGACGAAGCCGCGGCCCAACUCACCCAAAAUGCUGCCGGUGAGCUCUUAGAUGACAAGCUGACCCGCAUCCGCUUCAGGCGAUCAGAGGCAGCCCCAAACGGCUUUGAAGCAGAGUGGAGGGUAGCGAACCGAAACUUUGCAAUCCCGGAGGUGUGCCGUUUGAGAAAUUGCGUUACACCCGGGCACUUGCAGCGGGCGUACGCCUUGCUUCAAUUGGUGCAGCGUCUGAAGCACAUUGCCCUUGGAGAUGCAGCAGCCAGCCCAGACCUACCGCCGCCGCAGGAAGACGUCCGUGCGGAUGAUUUGGGCGCCUUGCGCAUCCCCUAUAUGUGCCUGAAGACUUUGCUUCGACCCAAGCUGGCGCAGGUAUUCCAGAGGUGGGCGAUGACGAAGAAGGUGACGAGGCUGCAGAGGAGUCGCCGGAGGAACAUGUGCCAGAACUGCCAGCACCAGUGGGCAAUCCAGGACUGCCGGAGCCAGAACCUUGCGCAGCCGUGA